AUGUUAAGAUUUAAUAAUCAAAGAAAGUUAUUGUUCUUUUUAUUUACUAAAAAUUAAUUAAAUUUUCAUUAAUUGCUAUUCAAUAUUUUGGAAAAAAAAUAAAGGAUGUAAUAGAUUAAAUAUUAUAAAAAGUUAGAAGAAAUUUUAAACUCUUCGCUUUAAUCUUAUUAGGUUCUCCAUAUUGAUCUUAGUUACAAUAGCAUUGGUGAUAAAGGUACUUCAGGCUUAUUUUCUGCUAUAGCAAGUUGCACUAAUCUCUCAAAUUUGAUACUUAAUCUAUCCUACAAUUCAAUUCGUGAUUAAGAUACUUCACUCUUAG